AGAGAGAGAGAGAGAGAGCUGUCUACCAAUAGACGUGUUCAGUCUGAUCACGUGGUCACCACUGCGGACGCAACAUCCGGGUUUUGGCUCGGUCUCCUUCCUUUCCGCGUGCACGCGCGCUGUAGUGAACACGUUCUCUUGUGCUCCAGGAUGCGUUACGUAGCUGCCUACCUGCUGUCUGCCCUCGGGGGCAAGGAGAACCCCAGUGACUCUGACAUCAGGAAGAUCCUGGACAGUGUGGGAAUCGAAGCUGAUGAGACCCGCAUGAAGAAGGUCGUGUCAGAACUCAGUGGCAAAUCAGUAGAGGAUGUGAUCGCUCAGGGUUACAGUAAAUUGGCCAGUGUGCCAGCAGGGGGUGCUGUUGCGGUGGCAGCUUCUGGUGCUCCUGCUGCUGGAGGAGCUGCAGCUCCUGCAGCCGCAGCAGAGGAGAAGAAGGAGGAGAAGAAAGAAGAGUCUGAAGAAUCUGAUGACGACAUGGGAUUCGGACUGUUCGACUAAACCCUGUAAUCAGGAGCAAAAUAAAGUGUUUGUUAAAAAAUUG